CUCUCUCUCCCCUUUUAAAACCCCCUCUGUGCCUUUUACCAAAUCCACACCAUUAUCAAGUCCACCAUAGCUAGAUAGAAGGAGAAAGAGAUCAAAACUCAGAGAUCAACUCAACUUCUCUCAUAAUCCCUGAGAUUCCUUCUCCAAAACCCACAUCGAAUCUCACCUCAGAUCCCCACAAUGCUCCAACUUUUAUCUUCCUCUGUUUUCUUCUUCUUCUUCGUGUAAAAAGAACAUCCACCACUGUUGUUUGCUUUCUCUCAUUCCUUUUUUUUUUUUGCUAUGGAAGUGGUUAAAUCUCGAUUGUACAUGUGUAAUUGCUUUUCCCCAACAAGAUUCUCCGAUUACUCUGUAGCUGGAAGUGACUAUCCAGACGCCAUAGGAGCCAUCAAUUUCAAUUCCAUUCCCAAUUCCUCUUAUUUUUCUAUUCGAUGCUUAUGAUCUUCAAUCUCAAUUUCAAAUCUUUCAUCACAAAAAAAUAAAAAAGAGAAUGUUGUGUGCGUCAUCUUCUUCCUUUGGUCAUGCAUCUAUGACUAUAGCUUCUUCACCACUUUCCAGAUUCGUUGGUACUACUCUCAGGUUUGAUCAUCCAGCGAGGAACCUGAUUACAACUGCCUCAGCUUCUGCUUAUCCUCUUAAUAAAGACUCCCCAAGACCCAAAACUUACAAAGAGGUCACUAAGCCCUUUCGCAAGAUCUUUGCUCGAGAGAUCUCUACACAAUCGAAAGACGAUGAUAUUUCGAUUGCUAAGGUAUAUAAGAAAUUACUAUUCUUAAGGCUCUCUUGUACAUUGCUGCUGAAGAUGAAGCCUUCUUGGCUUUUAACCGGGAGAUGGAUGCUAUGUCUUUCGUGAAAGAGAACCAAUCUGAUUCUGAGGAGGAGCUGGAAACUGUCCAAGACCAAUCUUAUCCAGACUCUGAGGAGCACCUACUGCAGUUAGAUGGAAAGAGCAUAUCCGAAUGGCUGAGUGAGCUAGACGCAAUCUCCAAAGAAGUAGAGGCAGAACUAGUCUCACGAGACAUCGGCUGCCACUCGGUUCAAAUUCUCGAAGCUGUGAACACAGUUCUCUUCGACACGAGAGGCUUCGAGAGGACGUCAAAACGCUUGGCGUUAGACCCCAAGUACUCCUACCUUCACUCUGUACUUAACUCUAGAUGCGGCACUGCAUUCUUGUUUAGCGUUAUAUACAUUGAAGUUUGUCAGCGUCUCGGCUUGCCUAUUGUGGGAGCUCGAGUUGGGGAAGAGUUUUUGAUUUGGCCUAAGACUGAGAAUCCUGAAGAACUCUUUAGUGAAAAUUCAGGACAGAGCUUGUUUGCUAUUAUCAAUGGAAGGUGCGUUGAUGAUCCUGGUUCAAUGGCAUCGGAUUUAACCGGAAAGUCACUUCUAGGCCUUGAUGUUGCUACAAACAGAGACAUUAUAGGGAUUGCUCUCGCCAACUUGAUUAGGGUUCACUGGAGACGUGCUUCGAAGCCAUCACCUGGACUAAUGCUGACUUCUCCUCUUAGUCAACUUAACAACACCAGUGUUUCUAAUUUUCCAUUGUUGCGGCCUCAGGAUCUUAGGUUGGCUAUUGCGGCUGCUGAAAGGCUGUUGAUUUUGGAACCUCUUAACUGGCGACUUCGAAGAGACCUUGGUAUGAUGCACUACUACGUCAGGCAAUCUAGAGAGGCUAUUCAAGAGUUGAGCAUAUGUAUAGCCUUUGCAUUUGACGAAGAAGAAGCAAAAGUGUUGACGCUUUUUGUUGAGAAACUUCAUCUGCUCUCGUCGUUGAAGUCGCCCUUUGGCUCUGAUCGCUUGGCCGUUCGCUGAGAACCCUCUCUAUCUCUCUCUCUACCUCACUUGUGAAUACUCUUUUCUAUUUCUUUUUCAUCAUCCCUUUUGUGUUUCGAUAAAUCCCUUUUGUGGGGAGACAUGUAACUUUUGUUGUGUGUAACUCUUUUACUUUCUUCUGAUCAGAGUAAUAAUUGAUUUCCCCCCAUGGGAGAAACAAAACAUGGCCUUGAGUUUA